AUGAAGCCCCGCGCUCUCCCUCAGGGCUUGUUGCGCCAGUUCAAUGAGUCGCCCACUGUCGGGAGGCUCGUGAGCCGACCCCCCAGACGCUAUGCUUCCACCUCGCCAUCGUCUACUCCGCCGCCGAAGCAGCAACGAUGGCUGCGAUUCGCCUUCAUAACUGCCGCUGCGGCGGGUAUUGGUGCCCUGGUCCGGUCGCAACAGGGUCCAGAUUCGACGACCCUGAAUUCGAUGAAGUUCACACCUUACUAUUUAGUAUCCCGCGAACCGGUCUCAUCGACCGGGAGCUACUUCGUUCUUCAACCACCGGCGGCCGAUGGCAGCAACCAUGCCGUCUACGAGGGAGCAUGGAAGACAGGCGUUUGGAGUGUCAUGUUCAAACAGCCACAGUUGCAGAUUGGGAGAGACUACACUCCUCUGCCCGCUACUUGCUCGGAGGAUGAAGAAGACGAGUGUCUACGCUUCUUCAUUCGGAAGGACCCGUUCGGCGAGGUCUCCCGCUAUCUACACAGUCUAGAGAUCGGAGCACCCAUUGAAGUACGUGGCCCGCGAAUCGAAUGUGAAGUCCCUCCGGAUACGCAGCGCAUCUUGUUCAUCGCCGGAGGCACGGGAAUUGCCCCUGCCCUGCAAGCUGGACACACGCUUCUUCGCCGCACCAACGAAACGCAUAAGCCUAGAAUACAUAUCCUCUGGGCCAACAGGAGACGGGAAGACUGUGUUGGUGGUGUGAGUGACACAACUACGACUACAACAACAGCACCCUCAAGGUCAUGGUUCUCCGGUCUCUUCACGUCUUCGAAGGGCAACCAAGGCGGCCCUGAUGAAGCACCCCGCAGUACAGCCACUUCGUUAAUAGUCCGUGAACUCGAGGCUCUUCGAUCGCAAUACCCUGGACAGGUGACCGUGGAUUACUUCGUCGAUGAGGAAGGCACCAGCAUCGGGAAGCAGCUCAUCCUGGACUCCACCCGCAGUGGCCCGUCUUCUCAGGAUUCGGAAGAAAGCAAGAACAAACCCAACUUAAUCCUGGUCUCCGGACCGGAGGGCUUCAUUAGCUAUAUGGCAGGACCAAAGCUCUGGGCUCAAGGAAUGGAAUUGCAGGGACCACUCCGAGGAAUCCUCAAAGAAUUGGACUUGAAGGAUUGGGUCGUGUGGAAAUUGUAA